AUUUUGAGUUAAGGGAAUUGGCCAGAUUAAUUAUGUGCAACCAUAUGAUAUUUAUCGACUCCUUUUAAUCUUAGUAACUGGGUUAGACUUAAUAUCUGGUUCUCUUGAGGUUAUAAAUCAUUCCUACAAUAUUAGCAUAGAUAAUUGUUAGGCAACAGAUAUUUUCAUGGCUUCUUACAACCUUCUGUUGUUCUUUCUGGUUGCUGCUUGUGCAUUUGCUGUCGCUAAUGGCAAGCUAUCCCCGGAUUAUUACUCGUCUAUGUGCCCGAAAGCGUCGUCUAUUGUUCAGAAAGGAGUUGUAGCAGCAAUAAAGAAGGAAACAAGAAUGGGAGCAUCUUUGCUCAGAUUGCAUUUUCAUGACUGUUUUGUGAAUGGCUGCGACGGUUCCGUCCUGUUAGAUGAUAAUGCCACCUUCAUAGGGGAGAAAACUGCUGUUCCUAACAAUAACUCAAUUAGAGGAUUUGAUGUUAUUGAUGACAUUAAAGCUAAGGUAGAAAAAGCUUGUCCUGGCGUUGUGUCCUGUGCUGAUAUUGUCGCCCUGGCAGCUCGAGACUCGACUGUUUAUUUGGGUGGUCCAUUUUGGGAGGUUGAGUUGGGAAGAAGAGAUUCUCUCACUGCAAGCAGGGCACUCGCAAAUACUUCCAUCCCUGCACCUACUUCUAAUCUGAGUGAUCAGAUAAAAAGCUACGCUGCUCAGGGCCUCUCUUUGAAAGACUUGGUGGCUCUUUCAGGUUCACACACCGUAGGCUUAGCCAGGUGCACAACAUUUCGAGGGCACAUAUACAACGAUUCUGAUAUUGAUCCUUGCUUCGCCAAGUCAUUGCAGCAGAUAUGCCCAAGAAGUGGGAAAGAUAGUGUUCUUGCACCCCUUGAUCUCCAAACACCAACCUGUUUUGAUAAUCUGUACUACAAGAACUUGUUGGAACGGAAGGGUCUUCUCCACUCAGACCAAGAACUCUUCAAUGGCAAUUCUGCUGAUUCCCUAGUUAGAAAAUAUGCAAGUAACCCUUCUGCCUUUUUCAAGGACUUUGCCAGAGCUAUGGUUAAGAUGGGCAACAUUAAGCCCCUCACAGGAAGCCAGGGAGAGGUAAGAAAAAAUUGCAGAAAAGUCAAUUGAAUGUUCCACAGCUGGCAAUUGGGGAUCACAAGUAUGAUUAGUAUCAAUAAACAAUAUUUUAAGCAUGUAAUAAAAAGCCCUUUAGUUGGGAAUUUCUCUGCCAUGUAUGAAAUUUGGGAACCAAAAGUUGCAACUGCAAUAGUGUUAUGAAGAA